GUCAGACUCACAGAUACAAAAGUCUGGACCAGGAGAGGAUCUUCUGACCCUCUGACUCUCUGUUAACGUUCAGAGCUCAGAUUGAAUCAGAUCAUUUAACCGUGUUUCUGUUUCUGAGGACUCUCCUGAGGAUGUGUUCUCAGUUUCUCUCACCAUGCCGUUUCAUGGGAGUCCUCCCAACAUGUUCUCACACACACAGGAGUCCAACAGCUAAAUGACAAACAGACGGAGCGUUUUCUCCACAAAGACCUCACAGUCCUCACGGACCUCGCAGAGAUCCCUCACUGUUCCAAGAACGCUCGCUGACAAACAGGCUCCCCGAGAACUUCCUCUCUGAGGGACUCUGAGACCGUCUCUGCUGUGAGACCGCCCAGAGGAAACCACGGAGACGCUCAGGCUGAGAGUCCCGGUUCAUGAUCGGAGCUUCAGUUAAAAAACUGAGCUGCUGAGGCAGAUUUGAAAAAAGUGUCCCACCCCCACACACACAAACCUCUCUACGAUAACUCCGCCCCCUGAACCUGUAUCGCCCUCCCAAAGACACGCCCCCUCUGACAGAAGAUCCUACGCUAGCUUCAGACAGGAUCCACCAUGUCGGAUUGUUAGUGACUAGCGUCAGUAAACACCAGCUCUGCUAGCGAGCGCCGUCUGCAGCUGCCUGGACAGCUACCGUGUUGACAUGUCAGAGACUAAUCAGAGUUAUUUAUGUAACAUGAGAUAAAAGGAGAUAAAAAUGACCUGAGGGCGGAGCUUUCUCCACCACUUCAAGAAUGACCCGAUGGUUAUCCACGUUAGAUUCCUCACUUGGUUACAUUUUGACUCCGCCCUGUCUUGCGUUUACUUCCCUCUUUUGGCGGUGUGGCGAGCAGAAGUAUUUUUUUUUUGCGUCCUUCUCCAUCACAGCUCCUGUAGCUAAGCUGCUACUUUUAGCCGCUCAGAGCUCCGAGGAGGGCCGGGAGAGUGGGAGGGGACGAGUCGGAACUACGGGAGAGGGGUGUGUCCAAUACAGCGAGGUGAUUGGAUGGAGAGGCGGAGCAGGAGAUUGACCAAUAGCAGCUGUCCGGGAUGGAUGGCUCCCAUUGGUCGAUGUUUUUGCAGCCCUGCUCCUGAUAGGGUGAACUGAUUUUUUCCGAUCUUUUUUCUCUUCACUUUGUGGAGAUCACACUAUAGGACCGUGAUCGCCAUAGAAACGAGGUUCAUAAUGAUCACCAAUCUCUCCAAUCGUCAACCAUGCCUGUAAGAAAGGAGUCAAGGAAGGAAGGAGUCAAGGAGUGAGGAAGUGAAGGAGAAAGACUGAGAGACGAGAGAGAAAAGAGAGGGACCAGAAAAGGAGAGAUGGAGAGUUUUUCAUCGACACUUUCUCUCCUCUGACCUCAAUCUGUGUGUGUGUGUGUGUGUGUGUGUGUGUGUGUGUGUGUGUGUGUGUGUGUGUGUGUGUUAGUGAUGAGGUUCGAUCCAGGUAGAUUGACUUCUUAUUGUCAGGGGAAGAGGCAGACUCAGAGACGAGGGGAAGUCCUGCAGACGCUGAGAGACGAAGACGAAGAAGAAGACGAGUUCUUUUUUCUAACAUGAUUAAAUAUAAAAAACAAAAAUGAAACUGGGGCUGGGCGAUAAAACGACAUCGGUAUAUAUCGAAAAUAAUUUCCCUCAAUAUCAGUAUAAAACCAAGUAUCAACCAACUGCAAAGUCGUAGCACACAGCAGCUACACCCAACCAUGAGUGCUGCCCCCGACAGAAAUGACCAUGAAUCAUGUUUUCACUGAAACAGACGGCUCUGACUCUGCAGAAGAACUACGGGAGCCUGUCAGGGACAAACACUGUUGGUGGACCACAGCCACCCUGGUCAGGAGGAGUCAGGAGGAGAACUUUUAAAGAGGAGGAAAGUUUCUCCUCCUGAAACCUGCUUCUUCUUUCUGCACACAGAGAUAAAUCUGACAUGAAGACGAAGUUUCUUUAAUCCUCUGACAGAUUUAAAGUAAAUUUCUAAUCCCUGAAGUUCUGCUCCGUCCCUCAGAAAUAAAAAUCAUCUUUUCAGAUUCAAUCAGGAUCAAAUCAGCAGCUUCAAUUUCAGGAGGAGCUUCAGCGCCCGUGUCGUGUCUGAGAUCAGAGGAUUCAUGUUCAGAGUCAGACUGAAGGAGGCGGUUCGGAGAUUUCCUCCGUGAGAGUCGAGGUCACCGACAGGGUCAACGAGAACCACCAGCCGAGCAGACUGUCCCGGUCCGGAUCCUCACAAACAAAGACGGACCUCCUCCAGGACCUCAGAUCAUCUCUGUCAGAGUUCAGACAAGAGGAGGUCAGAGGUCAGGAGAUACUGAGAGGGCGGCGUCCUGAGAGGGCGGCGUCCUCCCAGGACGUGUUUUCACGACACGACCACGAACUGUGAUGAUGCUGAAGGACACGCCCACCUGGGAGCGAGACUGACCAUCCUCCAGGACCAGAACCAUCAGGAGUUUUAGGAGCUGAUCCAGACGGAGAGACCUUUAACUGGGGGGGGGGGGUGUAACACAAUGAGACACACACUAAUACACACACAGACACACUAAUACACACACACAGACACACUAAUACACACUAAUACACACACAUACACACUAAUACACACUAAUACACACAUAAUACACAUAAAUACACACUAAUACACACUAAUACACACUAAUACACACACACAGACACACUAAUACACACUAAUAUACACACUAAUACACAAUAAUACACACUAAUACACACACAGACACACUAAUACACACACAGACACACUAAUACACACACACACAGACACACACCCAAAGUUCAGGUCUUAGUUUAUUUAGUUUAAUUACACAUAAUGAGUGUGUCGAACACACACACACACACACACAGACCCCCCCCCCCCCCCCCCGUCAAAGAUUGUAAAUAUUGUUGAGAUGACUCACUCUCCUCAGGGAAUUCUACCACUAAAGUGUGUGUGCUGGUAUUUCUUUGUGUGUGUGUGUGUGUGUGUGUGUGUGUGUGUGUGUGUGUGUGUGUGCUUUCUUUGCUGUGAGUGUGAUGUGAAAGGAGAGAGAGCGAGUGAGGGGGCGUGCGGGGCAGCUGGUAAUUGAAAAGCAGAAAGCCAUUUUGUGUGUUAAUAGGCGCUCUGAGCGGCGGAGCGGAGGAAACAGAGAGAGAGAGAGAGAGAGAGAGAGGGAGAGGGAGAGGGAGAGGGAGAGAGAGAGAGAGAGGGAGAGGGAGAGAGAGGGAGAGAGGGAGAGUUGCAGAUGAAACGAUCCCCCCUCUUUCUUUCUUUCUUGUCUCUCUUUGUUUCUCGAAGUCACACUCUUCCGUUUUUGUCAAAAUCUCUAAACCUGAACCUGAUGGAAGGAGACAACAAAACUCUGAGUCUCUGAUCAGUUCUGGACUCUGGUAGACCUCCUGUCUCCCCAAAGUAAAAUCAAACCCCCUCAGCAAAAGAAGGACCAGGUCUCUGGACUUUUAGAUACCUGCACAUAAACUCACCUGAGAGUCUGACCCUGAACCUCCACCUUCAUCCUGAUCGUCUCCUAAAAGGUCGUAUCCUCCGAUCGUAGCUGAUUGUAACCAUUCAAGUUAACGUGUCAAUUUACACCGACUUCUUUCCGUUCCUCUGCGGAUCGCCGGACUCCUCAGCUGAUCACAAGAGUUCUAUUUUUUCUGGACGCCGGAGCAUGGCGGAUAAAUUCAGCACAGAUGAACCCGUGCUGGAAAGGAAGUCGGGCACAGACACAAAAUAAAACAUCCGGCUUCUUUUCAAAAUAAAACACUCCGUGUUUCAGGAGGAUCGUAUUUCACACCAUGCAAACGGGCGGAGACGAACAAGUGAAAGGUUUUUAGACGUCAUUUCACCCCGAUGACACCAUGGAUGAGGAGAUGCUGAUUCUAGAAGUCUAGAAGUAGAUUUCCUCCUCUGGAAGGACACAAUCUACUGCUUAUAUGUCUAUGUGUCUGUCUUUAGAGAGACAACUCGUUAUCGUGUGAUUGAACGUGAUUUCUGCUGUCUGUAAUCCGCCAUGAAAUUUGCCAUACUAACAGAUCGGGUAGGAAUUGGUGAACGGCGAAAAUUGCCACCAUUCCAGAUGUGUUGAAAACUGGGGGUUGUCUUCUGAUCAAGGAUGGCCUCCUGGACUCCUUUGUGGUCUUCUCUGACCGGUAUCCUGACCCUGCUGUCCUCUAAGAAAGUCUCGUGUCCUUCAGACGAAGGUGGACAGAUGAGAAUACUCUGAAUUUUCAUUCCUGCUGAAAAACAAGAUCCUCAUCUUCAGACCUUCAGACUCGUCCUGCUCAGUGAUCCUCUCACGCUGCUUCACUCUGACUGGAAACUUCUGGAAAUGUUCAGGUUGAGCUGCAUGCAGAGACUCAAACGGGACAAAAAGACUUUUUCCUUUUUAUAUCUUUGUUUAUCAGGAACAUGCAACAACUUCAGGAAUACUGGAAACUGAAAACAAGGACUAAAGUCCAAAAAGAAAAGAGACGGAAAGUUCUGGACCGCAGGAAGUGAAGACAAACACAUGAGCAGCUAAAGUUCUGCUGACACACAAAAGUCCAAAACCCUGAAACACACCAACCCGAGAUGAUCCAGUCCCUUUGGUUUUACUGAGACCAGGAUCUGACCCGUGUCUCUGAGAGGGACCACCUGUCCAUCUGGUCCAGUCCAGGAAACAGUCUCUCCAGUAUGGACCUCCAUGAAGGAGCGUCAGCCAUCCUUCACUACAGAUUCACAUCCAAACAUUGCCAAAGGGACAGUCUCAUUACCCAUGAUUCCUUGCCCUCCCCAAUGUAAAUCCACUUGACAUUAGCGCGGUGCGAUUGGCUGCUCACAGCAUAUGGCGUCCUCUUCCUUCCGUUAUGGUUGUGAAUUAUUCAGACGGCUGUUUAGCUGACGGCCUCUCUGGCAUUUCCUCGCCGCUAAUUGCCCGUUAAGCGUUCCACUUGACCUUUAGCAGGAGGAUAAAACGUUGAAAGGUUUGAUUUUAGUGUGACUGUGUUUUCAGUCGGCCUAUCACACUUCA